CCCGGGCAGUGAGUGUGGAUGGCUUGGCAGGUGAGCCUGCCCGAGCUGGAGGACCGGCUUCAGUGUCCCAUCUGCCUGGAGGUCUUCAAAGAGCCCCUGAUGCUGCGGUGCGGCCACUCCUACUGCAAGGGCUGCCUGGUCUCCCUGUCUUGCCACCUGGACGCGGAGCUGCGCUGCCCCGUGUGCCGGCAGGCGGUGGACGGCAGCAGCUCCCCGCCGCCCAACGUCUCCCUGGCUCGGGUGAUCGAAGCCCUGAGGCUCCCUGGGGACCCGGAGCCCACGGUCUGCGUGCACCACCGGAACCCGCUCAGCCUCUUCUGCGAGAAGGACCAGGAGCUCAUCUGUGGCCUCUGCGGUUUGCUGGGCUCCCACCAGCACCACCCGGUCACGCCCGUCUCCACCGUCUACAGCCGCAGGAAGGAGGAGCUCGCAGCCCUCAUCUCUGAGCUGAAGCAGGAGCAGAAGAAGGUGGAUGAGCUCAUCGCCAAACUGGUGAACAACCGGACCCGAAUUGUUAAUGAGUCGGAUGUCUUCAGCUGGGUGAUCCGCCGUGAGUUCCAGGAGCUGCACCACUUGGUGGACGAGGAGAAGGCCCGCUGCCUGGAGGGGAUAGGGGGUCACACCCGUGGCCUGGUGGCCUCCCUGGACAUGCAGCUGGAGCAGGCCCAGGGAACCCGGGAGCGGCUGGCCCAAGCCGAGUGUGUGCUGGAAGAGUUCGGCAAUGAGGGCCACCACGAGUUCAUCCGGAAGUUCCACUCCAUGGCCUCCAGAGCAGAGCUGCCGCAGGCCCGGACCUUGGAAGGCGCAUUCAGCCCCAUCUCCUUCAAGCCAGGCCUCCACCAGGCUGACAUCAAGCUGACUGUGUGGAAAAGGCUCUUCCAGAAAGUUCUGCCAGCCCCAGAGUCUCUCAAGCUGGACCCUGCCACUGCCCACCCACUCCUGGAGCUCUCCAAGGGCAACACGGUGGUGCAGUGUGGGCUCCUGGCCCAGCGGCGCGCCAGCCAGCCUGAGCGCUUCGACUACAGCACCUGCGUCCUGGCCAGCCGCGGCUUCUCCUGCGGCCGCCACUACUGGGAGGUGGUGGUGGGCAGCAAGAGCGACUGGCGCCUGGGGGUCAUCAAGGGCACAGCCAGCCGGAAGGGCAAGCUGAACAGGUCCCCCGAGCACGGUGUGUGGCUGAUCGGCCUGAAGGAGGGCCGGGUGUACGAAGCCUUUGCCUGCCCCCGGGUGCCCCUGCCUGUGGCCGGCCACCCCCACCGCAUUGGGCUCUACCUGCACUACGAGCAGGGCGAGCUCACCUUCUUCGACGCUGACCGCCCCGAUGACCUGCGGCCGCUCUACACCUUCCAGGCCGACUUCCAGGGCAAGCUCUACCCCAUCCUGGACACCUGCUGGCACGAGAGGGGCAGCAACUCGCUGCCCAUGGUGCUGUCCCCGCCCAGUGGGCCUGGCCACCUCAGCCCUGAGCAGCCCACCAAGCUGUAGGGCCACCCAGGGUCCUGCCGGCCCACAGGCCCACCCCACAGGGCACCAGGGACUCACGGGCUUCUG